AUUUUAAAUGUCAACCCACAAUAAAAUUUUUUAAACAUUUAAUAUAGUUUCUAAUAUUUAUCUUUGAUACAUAUCACAGUUACUGAUUUCUUCUGCUUGUAACAUUUUGUGUUAUUUAUAUAGGAGAUAUAAAGUGCAGUUAAUUGGUGCGCGUAUCGGAAACUGUAACAGCAGUGCAUUGUAGUAUGUUAUUUGUAGUGGGUUAUCCUGCAGUUUAGAGCCAAUUUGCUAAGUAGGUCAAGGUCAUGAUUAACCCACUGACUGCCAGAGGGUUGUAAUAGAAAUCCCUCUGGCAUUUCACAAGAUAACACACAAAUCAAAUUCAGGCAUGAUGUUUAAAGGAUGGCAAUGAUCAUGUUUUUUCUUACAAACUCCUAACAUUAUUAUCUGUGAAAUAAACAAAACACAUUAAAUUCAAUGCAAGCUCUGGAUAGAAUUAACCAUACGUGUAAUUUAGCGAGGUUGGCUCAUUGUUCUUCCCAAUUUGUCGUCUGACUAUCUGUCUGCUCUUGAUAUGUGUGUUGUAUUUAGAUGAAUCUCUGCUACUGAAAAACCUUGCAGCCCCCUUAAUAGCACAAUGCAUGGGCAGCGCAUCUCCAUACAAUAUAGUCGAUAUAUAUGUGUAACACUUAAUUUCCAGCAAGUCGCUCAGACAAGAGUUCCAUUGAUGCUUCCAUGAAGGUACCAAUUUGAACUUUUGUACAAAGUAGUGGAAGUUUGCCCACCUCCCCCACCCCCGCUUAACCCCACAAGAUGCUGACAUUGCAAAAGUCACCCUCUUUUUUUCUGUAGCAUCUCGGCGAGGCGUAAAUCCCAAAUAGGUGAUAAAAGAAGUCCUUUUCCGUCAACAACGAGCUUUGAUAGGACUCCUCCUUUUUUCUGUACCCUUCUGAUUUCUCUCUCUUUUUUUUUUCCUUCUCCAAGUUGACUGUUAACUAUCCCCCUUGCAUCUAAAGUUGUCUCCUGAUUGGUGUACUCUGCCUCCGUUACGUCAGUCAGAGUGUGACGUUCAGUCUUCCUGUUUCCUCCAGCUGUGUCUUAAAGUAAAUCUUGUUGUAGUGUGGAGCCUCAGCUGAGCUGCUCUGCCUGCUAGGAUAAUACAAUUACUGCCAGGCAUAAGAGACCAGCACAAAAGAUCUCUCUCCCUCUUCCCCUCUCUCUCUCUGAGUCUCUGUCUCUCUCCACUCAGUCUCCAGCCUGCUCUCUGUCAGAUUCGCACACACACAUACACACACACAUACACUCACGCAUACUCUGUGUCCCUUAGUCAUUCAGAGGCACACACACAUACUCCCUCCCUUGUCAAAUUGUACAAUACAUCAGCACAUAUUCCAGGCUCUGUGUUUUCUGUCUUUCGCUGGCAAAACGGAUCAGUUUCAACGCUUUCUCUGAGUAAGUAUACCCUUCAGCAUUAGUUUUUAUUUCAAAUAACUUUGCUAAAUUGCAUCCUAGGGCUCUGCUUUUUUUUGCCUUUUUUUUAUUUUAUCACAGACCUUUUAUCAGCACUUAAACUUUAAACGUAUUUGUUCAGAAGUGUGUGUGUUUUUUCGUGUUGGAGUAAUAAGAACUUCGUUUGAGCAGUGAUGCUGAUCCUUGUUAGGAUAAUGGUAAAUGUUUAAGGAUGCUUAAUGUGCCAUUUGACUGCUAGUUUUGUUCUAUGUAGUAGUAACUGGUUUUUUUUUUCCACCUUUUUAACGCCUGAUUUCAUCUUUAGUUUUUUGUUUUUCUUUUGUCAUGUCUGCAAAGAUCCUAUUAUUAUUUUUUUUCCGUCUGCUUUAUUUGCUUCUCAUUUGAAUAGAUAGUUCCCUUUUUUUUAAUUAUUUCUCAUUCCAGGAAAAAAAAAAACUGUCAGAUAUUAUUAUAAUAUUGGUUUCUUUCCUUCACUCAGAUAAAAAGUGUGUGCACGAGAUCUUAUUAUUUUUUUUUAAAGCUCAGUUAAUAUAAACCUGUCAAUCUGUUUAUUCUUAAAAAAUAUAGCGUAUUGCCCCUUAUAUCGCUUCUAGCAGAUUCCCAAGUUUAAAAAAAAAAAAUGUAAAAUAGCAUUUCUUCUUAUUAAGACUAUGGUAACUCUCUUCUUCCCUUUAAAUGCUGAUAGCAUUAUUUUGCCAUAUUUCAUAGCUCUCAAUGCCUUGUAUCUGAAGGGUAAGAAUGAUUUUGUAGUUGAUCUUUGAAGUUUCACAAAUUGGUCUAAAAUGAAAAGCCUUGUUUGGAUAGCCUGUGUUAGAUCUGUCUCCAUAGUGUAGCAAGAUCUGUACGCAUCUAGCAGUAAUGUUUGCAAGUCACAGAGAAAGCACAUGCUUCUGCUUACACUAGAAAGCUCGUAGUGCUGAAUUUUGAAAGCAUAUUUUUUCCUUUUUCUGGGGGGGAGUUUGGCAAGGGAUGCACCCAGCAUCACUGCGUGCAAACCAGUCCAAGCAGUUGUCAUUUAUAGUGUGCAUUUCCCCUAGCCUCGUUAUUAUUUUAAUUUAUUGUUAUUUUUUUUAAUUUGUACUUUUUAGGGAUAUUUGCAUCAAACUGUUAACGAUGACUGGUCUGCUAUAAAAGAUUUGCUUUUCAUUUCCUUUCUUUUUUAAAAAAAAAAUCUUUAUUAUUUGUCUCCCGCUCCCUUCUGUGUCUGGAUAGCUAUUGUAAGACCAAAACAGAACAUGCAUGGUUAACGCCAGACAGGUGCGUUGUGUCAAGAAAGACAGGUGCAAGUUUUCGUUCAGCAGAAUCUUACCAGCCGGCUAUUGUUGAGAGGUUUAUGCAUUUAUGGCCAGCUCAUAGAUAAGGAAAGCCCGAACAACAGAGACGUUCAAAUUAUACCUGGUGAGAUGUUUUGUAUAAACCCUAUUUGCAUACUAAAUACAGGUUGCAUUAUUAAUCAACAUGUUAGACAAAGUAAGGGGAAAUAUUGCUUUUACCUGAUAGCAGAUUUAUAAGUGGAAGCAUAUGUUUUGUGUUAGAAGCCGUCUUAUUACCUGCCAUCACAAAGGUGCAUCCGGAAAGAGUUGAUUUUUUUUUUUUUGGCUUGGUCCAUGGGACCUGAUCACUUCUUUAGUCUUGUUUCUUCUUGGCUGGUCAAAAUGUACAUUUCUUCAUUUCUUCAUUUCUAACCCAUCAGCCUGUAAAUGUUUCCCAGAAGUUAGUCCACCUUAUGCCACCACUAUUUUCAAAAAAUUCCCUGUUUUUGGUUAAAACAAAAGUUAGUCCACCUUAUGAUGACUUUGUUUUUGCUAAGCGAAGUGACGUGUUCACUAAACGGCAAACCGACUUAGAAAAUUACAACUUAAAGAGUCAAUAGCCUGUCUAUAAGGACCUACGUUUUUUAGUCGGAUGUCAGUUGGCCAUUUAGUAAACAGACGUCUAUCUAAAUAUUUAUAUAUGAAUAACAUUUCCACUGAUCUUUCUCUAUAAGAAUUGAGAAGUCAAGUACAUUAUGAUGCUCUUUAUGUGUGACUCUUGGAAGUAAAACAACUUUUUCCCUCCUGACUCACAACAUUUCCACUUACUAAUGAUUUUUGGUUAUAUUUUCCCAGCCUCUUCUAGGCUGUCAAUCUAUCCAUCUGUCUCAAAUUCCCUGUUUUAGUCGUUCUGUCCAUCUAUCUGUCUGUCUGACAUUUUCUGUUUUACAAAAAUAAGGGAUCAUUUUCUCUCCAUCAAUUAGAAAUAAUUAAGUGUCUUCCAAACAUAGGGUUCUGUUUUUACAAAGAGAUGACUAUGAGUAUAUUUGUGGUUAAAACGUAGAAAAUAUUUUGCACAGGUUUAUUCAGAAUGCAUGUCAGAUUAAGGCACCCUUCUGUAGUAUAGUGCUCCUGGGGUGUCCCUUUUUUGUACAGGCACAAGGUGUGCAUUUUUCUUUUUCGACUUUACCUUUGAGUUGUGAUAUCUAUGUCAUCCUUUAAAUUCUUAUCUAUGGCAGUUCCACCUUUUACUUCUCUGCCCUUUCGUACAUAUAUACUUCUGCUUUUUAUUAAUGAUAAAUGAAGGAACUUUAGAUAUAAAGAUGUCAAAUAUCGCCAAGCAGAAUAGCCUUUAUGUCUUUUAUUAUGCCUGUGUUAAUGAUUCCAUCUGGCAGACCCAGUAGUUACAGUUCAAGAUUGUCCUCAGUGCCUUAACCCAUUCUGUUCCUCUUAUAUGAAGAAGUUAGCUUUUAUUUAAGCAUAGGAAAGCCCACCUGACACUUUUAAAACGGCCUUUCCACGCUAGGUGUGACAACGUAAAAUUCUUUCUCCAUUGAUGUCAGAGGUUAUAAUGCAAACUAACAUUUUAAACUAAUGAUACAUUUACGUUAAGCUCUAUGCCCAUUUUAAACUUGGGGCCUGUGUUUGUUUUUGUUGUUGUUAAAGCAACAUAUAAUGACCCCAGGGGGUAGCCAAAGCUAUGUACUAAUCAUCACUAGACUAGACACAACAACACCUCUAAAGUAAUAGACAUUAAAAGUUCAAUUAGGCAUACUCCUGUUUUCGGUGAAACUUUUGUCCCCAGGUACUCUAUAAUUUUAUGCAAAACUGUCUAGUUGUUUAACUCCUUCAACGCUGGGUGUGUACAGUGCUUUUUAGAGGCCACCUAUACAUCCGUCAUCAUAGUUAGAGGGACACCCCAUUGAGAUCAGGCUCUUAGAUAACUAAACAUCACAGCUAAAAAGCAUUGCAGUAUAGAAUGAUGUGUUAUUUUGUACACAAAACAUUUGUGUAGGUAACGACUACACAAUUUCAGCAAGUACAUGUAAUACGAAAUGUAUACAUGUUGUAAUUGCUGUUCACGUUCAUCUGCGUUUUUUGCGACUUGGUGUAAGUUUAGUUCUAAACUUUUGGGGAAAACACUUAGCUGUGAACAAACUAGAAAAACGACCUUGAUAUUUAAUCACUAAAAACAGAAUCGUAUAGCGAAUUGAAAACUGAAUUUCAAAAUUUAAGUAACAAUAACUGAUUUGUAAAAAAAAAAAGUCUUCAACUCAUGUAUAGACUUGGCUAUUUUAACUUGAAUUUUGCUUUUUGAUUCUCAAUUCACUAUAACUGACUGUUUAGGGAAUAAACCAGCCUUGCCUCUAUUAAGUUAUAACACACAGAUGGCUACUGAUAGCAGUGCAUAAUCGACCAGGUAAAAAUGGUUUUGUGGUAUGCACUUAUUUAUAACUCUGUAAUAUCCCCUACGCCAAAGAUUAUUUUCCUGAAAACAGAUUGAGAAUUAUCGUUAAACACACCAAUGCCCAAAUCUGAAACAGCUCGUACAAUUUAGCAUCAAACUAAUUUAAGACCAUUGAAUAUGCUUAAAGCCAUAUUUUUGAAUCGAUAGCAGCAGUUUAUUUUCCUAAAAAGAAAAAAGAAAGGAACUUUUACUGUGUAUUUAAAAAACAAAACAAAAAAAAAACACACACACACACUACAAAUUCAUGGCAAAAUAGUUAUUGUCAUUGUAUAAAGUUGCAGAAAUGCUGUUUAAUUUAAUUAUUUAUUUUAGUGACCUUACUUUUUCCCGUCAAUAAUGCUGUAAAAUAGCCACACACAAAAAUAAUCUUAAGGUAAAACCUGAAUUUUCUAUUUUAAAUUUUUCCCUUUUAUAAUUGAACAUAUGCUUUAUGCAAAUAAAAUGCCCAGCUAUAUAUAUUUAUUUAAAUAUACCUUUCAUUUCAAGAAAUUUAUUUUUUUCAAAUAACAGUCUAUCUUUGAACUUAAAUUUUCAGAUAAUUCUUCUAUUCUUGCUAAUAUAUUUGCUCCUAUUAAAAUGAGUGUCAAAAAUCCAACAUUGUUUAAAAGCCUGUCUCAAAUUGUUCGUUGUAAAUUAACAAGUGAGGAUAGUUACAUUGAAACUUUACAAUUUUCUCAAUUUGAUAUUGGGCACUCGUGUGCUUUAAAUUUUUUUGUCUUGAUCUGAGAGGUAAAAUAAACUUUUACGUUAUUUUUCGUAUCAUCAGCAUUGAUCAACAGACUUAGAAAUGUCUUAUAACAAACUGGAGUAUCAAUUUAGCCUAGACUAACAGCUGCAGAUCAGGAAUAAAUCAAGCCAAAUUAAUUUAAAUAAUGUCGUAGAUUUAAAGAAGAUUACAGGGGUACAUAUUUGGCAAGGACACAUAUUUUGUAUUAAUUUAUGAAAAUUUUACCAGAAAACUUUUUAAUAAAUGCAAAUUUGCAUAUGAGAGGUUUGCAGGAAGGAUCUCGUUCAAUUUUUGGUGCUAUCAUUUGUACAUUAACCUCUAGAUUUCUUGAAUUUUGACAAGUAGUUGUUUCAAAUGCUUUUUGCUAAAAGGCAUGUGUUAUUAUUUUUUUUAUUUUUUUAUUAAGCUUAAUAACUUUUAAAGGUUUAUUCGCUGAACGGUACAUUUUAGUGAAUUUAAAAUUUCGUUUGGCAAAUAAAAUCCAAGUGAAUUGAGCUGGAAGAAUUCUCCCCCCUUUUAGCUGUUGGAGCGUGAAUUUUCCUUGUUUAAUUUGCAUGUUCGAUUUUUAGUUAAGCUGCAAGUUUAAUGAAUAAGCAUCAAGCACAAAUAUGUGCUUGCAUGGGUAGAAGUUUAUAUACGUCAAAAUCGCUUUAUUUUAUGUAUUAUGUAGAUAUUACAUAUUCUGAAGCUCCCAACUGUUAUAUUUAGAAUGCAUGGAGAUUAGGAGGAAUGGAUCAAACUAAGAGGAUUGAUUUACUAAAUGUUGAAUUGUGGGCAGUCGACAACUGAAUUGCAAGAUUCCAGUCAAAAUUUUGGACAUUGAAAUUUUUUUUUCGGUGAUACAAAACUGAUCCAACGCAGCUAUUAUGCUCAAAAUUUUAUUAAUCAAUUUAACACAAGUUGCCAUUUAGUGAAUAAAUUCCCAGGUCUUUUGAGUGAAUCCAAAACAGUUUUCCAUAGACUUUGUAUUUAUUAGUGAUCACAAAUGGUGCUUCAUGGGCCUACAUGGACAAUUCAAAUGUGAUACUUUACCUCACAAAGACAAACUCUCGGUUUGUUCCACAAUUUUUUUAUUUUAUUUUUUACCAAAGUAGUGUCCAGUGUACCCUAUAAUGACACAGACUAUCCUUUUAGAGAUGUUGGGUUUGUUUUUAAGGAGAAAUUUCAUACUUUUUUUUUCUUCUUAAAUUGACAGAAAUAUAUACAGGUAUUAUGUUCCUCUUAGGAUGGAGAUCUGACCAUAGCCUUGAGAUAGUUUUCUUCGGAUACACGAUUUUACAGCCAGCAUUUUCUUCCUUUACUUGUAUUAUAUAUAUAUAUAUGUGUGUGUGUGUGUGUGUGUGUUCACAAUCCAUCUGUGUAAGCUCUGCUUAAUAAUAUCCUAAAUCUGACGGUUUUGUCAUGCUGAAAUUAUGCCUUUUUGCAUGAAUAGUCAUCUUUUAAAACUAGCCACAGAUGCAGUCCUAGGGAGCACAUAGAUGUUUUUACAGGUGAACCGAAAAGAGAUGGGACACAUUCCAAAAAAGUCUGCAUGCUGCCUUUGGCAAUGUACCCUGUGAUUGUAAAGAUGUGCUCUGUUAAGCAAAUGCAUAGUUUAGUAUCAGAUAAACAUGGCAUGAAAGAUUCUCAUCACCUUUAUUUUUUUUAAUUUUUUUACUAAGCACAAUUUUUAUCUCCAUGGAAAAAAGGGAAACCUUGUAGUUUCCUCAUAAGUUGAACCGUCACCAGUAACAUUUAGACUGUUCUUUUUGAGAAAUAAAUCAUUAUAAUCUUUCUUAGGUGGAAUUCAAGGAAAAGCAAUGACACUUGGGAAGAAAGUCAGAACAUCAUUGUAUCGCGGUUAUUUCAUAUUUGCCGUACAUGGUUUUCUGCUUUGGCGAUACAUGCCACAGGAAACCAGAUGCAGGCAUAGAUAAAAUGAUGUCACUUGGCAUUCAGAGCAAGUUGAAGGAAGAUACACUUACUGGCUAGCAGUAAUCUUUAUAGGAAAAAUCAUGUUGAAGAAUUGAGAAACCUACGGGGUUUUCUGUUACUGUUACGGGAAAUAUCCUGCUAAUAGUGCAGACGUUGCUCAUGUGUAAUGUGCAUUUCUAGAUCCUUUUCUCAGGAGACUUGCUGUUCGCUAUCACACCAUGUACCGGAUACCAUGGUUUACAUCCUCACAUUUUGGGUUAAACACCCAACUAUGUGUAUCGUUGGCCAUGUAUCCCUCUCAAUUUACUAGAUAUUGCAUGAAGUAUUAGGAUUAUCUAGAUAAAUCAAUCUCCCUAGGGCAGUAGAACUGCUUCCCUUAAUCAGAGACAGGCCACUUCUGGCCCAAUAACCAUUUAGGAUUAAACCUAUAUUAGUCCUUGACUGCCUACUCUUGCUUGCACUUCUAGUGGUUUUGCAUGGCACCUCUUUGGGCAGUGCAAGCUUCCUUUGGCAGACUAAAAUGAAGGGAGCAAUAGGCCAUGCCAAAAUGUUGUCCUUGGAUUUUGUUUCCUUAUUUUUAAUAAUUGUGCUUUAUAUCGAUACUUCCCCUGUGUUAAAUAGUGCUUUUUGUACAAAACACUGUCUGUAACCAUAAAACAUCUACCUCUAAAAUUUCUGUAAGGUUAAAUAUAUCCAUUUUUUUUUCCUGGAAUACGUUACAAUUUUUUUUAAAUGUAUAUUUUGCUUCUUAUUUCAAAGAUAAACCUUCCAAAUUGGAUUUUAUUUCAUCUUUCUUAGCAUUAUCUGGCCAAAUUUAAUCAUUUGUUUUUCUUUUGCUGUGCUCUUACAAUCUGCAGAGAUAAACGCUAUCAGUUUGAGAACAUUUGAGAAAUACAAUCAUUUUACUUGUACUUAAGUAGUUUUUAUGUUUUUGCUUUUUUAUAUUUAUUUUGUGUGUUCUGGGGAGGGGGGUUGUGUGUAAAUCUUAAUCCAUCUUAAAGCAGUGAAGCAGAAAUAUUUAAAAAUGUUUAGUUUCAAGCAGAGUGCAUAAUAAAUUGUAAUAAUUGUAAUGUGUCAUAAAUCCCAGAGCCUAUGCAUUUUGCAUUUUAUUCAGGAUUGAGGUCAGGAAAUUUGGAGAAAUUUAAAGAAAAUGAUUCAUCAGUCCUUUUGUUCUGUUGGCUAGGGUCCCAGGAUUCUCGAGCUGUGCCCAGCUGACAAGCUUUUGAAGAUGACACAAUAACAGACCAGUGAUGCCUGACCAUGACAGCGCAGCCCUCUUAAGCAGGCAAACCAAGAGAAGAAGAGUUGACAUUGGAGUGAAAAGGACUGUAGGGACAGCAUCUGCAUUUUUUGCUAAAGCGAGAGCAACCUUUUUCAGUGCCAUGAAUUCCCAAGGUUCCGAGCAGGAUGUUGAGUAUUCCGUGGUACAGCAUGCAGAUGGGGAAAAGUCAAAUGUACUCCGCAAGCUGCUGAAGAGGGCGAACUCCUAUGAAGAUGCCAUGAUGCCUUUUCCAGGAGCAACCAUAAUUUCCCAGCUGUUGAAAAAUAACAUGAACAAACAUGGUGGCACAGAGCCCAGUUUCCAAGCCAGUGGGCUUUCCAGCACAGGCUCUGAGAUACAUCAGGAGGAUGUAUGCAGCAACUCUUCAAGAGACAGUCCCCAAGAGUGUCUUUCCCCCUUUGGCAGGCCUACGAUGAGCCAGUUUGAUAUGGAUCGGUUGUGUGAUGAGCACCUGAGAGCAAAGCGUGCCCGGGUUGAAAAUAUAAUUAGAGGUAUGAGCCAUUCCCCAAAUGUGCCAUUGAGGGGCAAUGAAAAUGAAAGAGAGGGAGCCCCCCGGUCUAUAAGCCCCCGAGAAAGCUAUAGAGAAAACAAGCGCAAGCAAAAGCUGCCUCAGCAGCAGCAGCAACAGAGUUUCCAGCAUCUGGUAUCAGCUCGAAAAGAACAGAAGAGAGAGGAGCGUAGACAGCUGAAACAGCAGCUGGAAGACAUGCAGAAACAGCUGCGCCAGCUGCAGGAGAAGUUCUACCAGAUCUACGAUAGCACCGAUUCAGAAAAUAAUGAAGAUGGCAACCUGUCUGAAGACAGCAUGCACUCAGAGAUCAUAGAUGGAAGAGCCCGGGAUUCUGUGGGCAGGUCAGAUAAUGAAAUGUUUGACAUAGACCCUGGGCAGUUCAUUAAUCGUGCCCGAGCCCUAGUCAGGGAACACGAACUGGCACCAGACAAUCAUGGGAAAAGAGAGGGAACAAAAGACAAAGAUCCUUUGCAUAACAUUUUCCACCCUGAAAGCAAACAUUUGGCAGAAACACUUAAGCAAGAACUAAAUACUGCUAUGUCACAGGUAGUAGACACUGUGGUCAAGGUUUUUUCGGCAAAGCCCAUUCGCCAACUCCCUCAGGUCUUUCCACCCCUCCAAAUUCCUCAGGCAAGAUUUGCAAUCAAUGGGGAGAGCCACAACUUCCACACCACCAACCAUCAUGCACAGUGCUUUGGUGAUGUCAUCAUUCCAAAUCCCCUGGACACUUUUGGCAACGUACCGAUGCCUAGUUCUACAGACCAAACAGAAGCACUGCCCUUAGUUGUACGCAAAAAUUCUAAUGACCAAUCUACCAGUGUGCCACCACCUGGUAGUCAUCAUGCUUCACUGCAUCAGUCCCCUCUCUCAGCAGCUGCUAGCUUCUCCUCCUCUUCUUUCCGUCACCCUUUCCCUCUUCCACUCAUGGCUUACCCAUUUCAAAAUCCUUUGGGUGCCCCAUCUUCAGCCUUUCAAAGCAAAGACAGGGCCUCCCCUGAAUCCCUAGACUUAACUAGGGAGACUACAAGUCUGAGGACCAAGAUGUCAUCACAUCAUAUGAAUCAUCACCCAUGUUCUCCAGUGCACCCUCCUAGCUCAACGGAAGGUCUCUCCUUGUCUUUUAUCAAGUCGGAGUGCGGAGACAUGCAAGAUAUGUCCGACAUUUCUCCAUAUUCUGGAAGCGCAAUAUCCUUUUUAAAGUGGUUGAUGAAAAAAUACUAA